AGGAGCGGAGCGAGGACUCGAAGGCGGGCAGGGCCGGGUCAGCUUGGGACAGGCUGGUUCUCUCGCUCCUCUGCCCAGCUCAGCCAAUCCCGCAUCGGCCGCGGCCGCAGCCUCUCUCGUGACUCCCAUUAGAGCCGCCAGUGGCCCUGCCCCGGCGAUCUGCACCCAGCGGGCCCCUCCAGGACACGGCAUGUCCGGCUGCAACAACCUCGGCGUCCCGCCUGCCAUGGACUUCCCCGAAGUGCUGAAGUCGCUGCUGGAGUACUCCUUGCCCUGGGCCGACACGCGGGAAGAUAAAGAAAAGGAGAAGGAAAAACUUGAGGAGGAUGAAGCAGCAGCUGCCAGCACUAUGGCAGUCUCUGCCUCCCUCAUGCCUCCCAUCUGGGACAAAACCAUCCCUUAUGAUGGGGAAUCUUUUCACCUGGAAUACAUGGAUCUGGAUGAAUUCCUCCUGGAGAAUGGAAUCCCUUCUAGCCCUGCUCACAUAGGCUUGAACCAGAACCCACUCCUGCCUGUGGCUGAGCUGGAAGGAAAAGAGCCUGCCAGUGCAUCUGCUGCAUCUCCUCCCUCAUCAUCAUCCACUGUAGUUUUCCAACCAUCUGAAGCUGCCUCCGGCUCAGAAUCCUCCCCAGAGAGUGAGAGAGAAACGCCAAGCCCCAUUGAUCCAGACUGCAUUGAAAUUGAUGUGAACUUUAAUCCUGACCCUGCUGACUUAGUGCUCUCCAGUGUGCCGGGUGGUGAGCUCUUCAAUCCUCGCAAGCACAAGUUUGCUGAAGAGGACCUGAAACCACAGCCCAUGAUUAAAAAAGCCAAGAAGGUUUUUGUCCCAGAUGAGCAAAAGGAUGAAAAAUACUGGACAAGGCGGAAGAAGAACAAUGUGGCAGCAAAGCGUUCCCGUGAUGCUCGGAGACUGAAAGAGAAUCAGAUCACAAUCCGAGCAGCCUUCUUGGAGAAGGAGAACACUGCCCUCAGGACGGAGGUGGCCGAGCUACGCAAGGAAGUGGGGAAAUGCAAGAACAUUGUCUCUAAAUAUGAGACCAGAUAUGGACCCUUUGACUUAUCUGAUUCCGAGUGAUGCAACUUUAAAGACUUCUAAAAACAAAGAAACUAAAAAGCACACACAGAACCAUCUGUCUUCAGAGUGAACAGUGAGAGGUGUGAGGUAUCCAACACAAACAACUGACGGCGACCCUGCCUGCAUGCAAGUACCCCAUCUGAACUGCAUGGGGACUGGGCAUGAUGAAAAGUGCAAGGUCAUCUUAAUGCUGUGUGUGGCUUUAUCAUCAUCAUCAUCAUCUCUCUCUCUCCUUUUUCAUUUUUUUUGUACUAAUGUUUUUAUUUCCUCUGUAAUCCAACUGCAGUAAUGUUACUUAUUGAUGCUUAUCGGUGACACUUACAGUUCUUGUCUUUCAAUUCAAUCUGUUGAGAACUUGUGUGAAGGGUGACUGUUUUGAUACUUGAAUGAAAUGGGAGAAAGGGGGGAUUCUAACUUAAGAUGGCUUAAAGUAUAUAGUCCUCAAUUUGAGGAAUAGGUGUUAGCUACUGCUGCAGCUGGGUUCUGGCAAGGUGUAGUAUCAUGUGAGGUAUUGGGAGUGCUGAGCCAGAGGCAUCAUGGAAAAUAAUCUAGGAUUGCAAAAAAAAAAAAAAAUUGUUGAAGUAAACUAAAAUACACUACAGUGUGCUGUACCAAGAGUAACAAAAUAAAUCCUGUUUUCUACCCAGGG